CAGCGACGCUACAGUGACUCUGGUUGUGGACGGGCGGGUAUAAAAAGACAGAAAAAUCGCUUCUCUCUCAUACAUACUGUUCGUCUUCAUCUAGAGAACACACAGCAGUCAUGAAGUCUCUGAUUAUUGUCCUGUUGGUGGGUCUUGUUGUGGCCAGACCGGAGCCCACAGCGAGACCACAGUCGAGAGCGAAACCUAUUCCACAACGUAUUUACGGUCUCGGUUACGGCAACAACGGUCUCGGCUGGGGCGGCUGGGGUGACUGGGGAGGCUACAAUGGUCUCGGUUAUAACGGCUACGGCGGCUACGGCGGCUACGGCGGCUACGGCGGCUACGGCGGUUAUAAUGGAUACGGCGGCAACACCCUCGGCUAUGGGGGCUAUGGUGACUACGGCAACGGUGGCGGCUACUGGGGCAAUGGCUACUUUGGAUAGGGAGAUGUACAAUAUAACACAAGGGGAUCUUUCUCACAUUUUCCUCACUACACACCUCGCUGUACACCAUUCUUCCUGCCGAUCAGGUGUUCGAGUAGUAAUACCCCUGCCACACAGUUAGAUUGGUAGCCAUACCGCCUCUCAAACAGGUGUUUCUGUAGCAAACCAUCUUAUUACUGGCUCUGAGAACACAGUACCUCUCUUAUAUAUUCUAAAAGUGCAAUACCCCUCUCAGAGGUGUUCGGGUGACUCAGUACUCCUCUCACAUAGACUGUCUAGUAACUACAGCACCUUCAUACGUAGAUGAUCUAGUAAUGCGACAUUAAUUUCUUGUGUAUGUUACGGUGACACAACAUCCCCUUCACAAAAGCCAACAGGAAACUCAGGUAAUAUCCCUUACCACUCCAAAUCUAUACAUACACUGACAUGUCAUAGAACUAGGACAAAAUAAACAAAAGAGCAUCGUGCCGCUCUGAAUAAGGAUAUAUACACCAUAAACCGUUAAUAAGAUAGAGAGAUCAUUACCACUUAACUGUUCACUGUUUGUCAUAUGAUUUCACAGAACUGAUUUCAACACCACAGGGAUUCGAUCUCAAUAUCUCUGGAUCGUUUCACACAGCAAGAAUGAAGCCUCGGCUGAAUAUGUCGCGUGUGAGUUUAUGCAUAAUGUUAUUAUAUUGGUUCGGUUAGUUAUUGUAACACUGUUAGGCUAAAAUUGUGAAGUAUUUAGUUAUUUUUUUUUUACUUUGAAGCCUUGUUGUUUAAUGGAUCAUUAAUAUAGGGAAGCUACUGUAUUUAGUAUUCGUUUAUUGAUCUUUUAGAACUGA